UCUGUACUAGGGAGAUCUGACGUCGGAAACUGACAGAAAGUAAACCCUAGCAGAGUACUAAAAAUAUCACAAAAGGAAUAUUCUCAUUAAAUGUUCAAAAGGUACUUUUUACAAGGGGUUGACCUCUCCUUUUAUAGAGGGAAUGAUCAUAACGUGGACUUUCUCUGUACUUGGGCCUGACAACCAGGGCCCAAGCCUCUAUACAUAUAAGACAAAACUAAAGGAAUCUUCCAGCUGGCGCGUGGACCCAUCCAAAAGAAGGGCGGGCUUCGACGUUGUUCCACAAACCCCGCCAAGGCUGCUUUCGUUCAUCUAAAUGCUCGAUUUGGGCGGGAAUAAGGGAUACUUAUGUCCCGCCCAGUCCACAUGCCCCCAAGACAUGAGGCUUAAGUGACAUGAGACUUAGGUUCCUUGAGCCGAGACGUCCUUACAGUAUAUCGCCAUUCUUUGUAGUCAUGGGCCUAUCGUCGCAUUCUUGCCUAUGAAUUCUCGCCCUUUUCAUGUUCCUUUAUAUGUCGCCAUUUUUUAUCUUUGUCGAUACAUCGCCGUUAUCACACCUGUCAAUCACGUCUUUUCAACUGACGCACGUAUCCUUCUUUUCCGGGAUUUUGUUAUCAUUUGCCAUAAAUGCAGUUGUGCGUCUCGAGGAGUUAUGUCUUUUCGUUUCAUACCUUUUCAAAUUUCAAAUCCCACGAUCCCACGACCUUUCACAAUCUUUCCCACUCAUUCUCUCUCUUCCUUUUUCUUCUAUAAAUACCCUUUUUACCUUUCACUUUUCACUUUUCUGGAAACCUUCGUUCCGAAAACUUUUCAUCGCAGCUUUCCCUCUCUUCUUUGUUCUCCGGUGAACCUUGCUCACUCCGGCCGUCGUCAUUGCGCGGUGCUCCCCCAUCGCCGACGUUCUCUUUACUCAAUCCUCCGCUUCUUCCUCCGGUGAGUCCUUCCCCUUUCUCUUUUCUUGACACUGUGUCUUCUUCUUUUUUUUGUGUUUGGACCUGUUCAUCUUCUUUUUUAUUUUUAUGAAAUUACCCAGUAUGUCGACAAAAAAUUUUAGCAUUUCCUCUUUAGAACUCACUUCCCCUUCUACGGAGGGGGAAGUUUCUGCCCCCACCGUUAUCGAAAUUCAAUCCUCGCCUUCCACUCACGAGGAUUCCGGUCCCGCCGGCUCCGUAGACUCAAUUCUCUCCUCUAAUGGAGAGUUGUCUUCACCUGAAUGGCGCUCAAACGCACAUUUAGUUGAAGAUAAGUGUCUCUGGCGUUCUAUCUGGAGCAGCGUUGGGAGCAUUAAUUCGCUUCGAAUAUCUGCCCAAGGGUUCACGAAAAUAAACCCCGCCACCUCCAAUAAUGAAGACCUUCAGUUGAAUGUUCUUCCAUGUGGCGAGGAUGAUUGCGUUCUUUUGCGCAAAGAGCCAGCCGAUGGAUCGCCUGAUUUCUUUUUUGUUUAUGGUUAUUUCUUCUUAGACUUGAAUAUCAAGCUUCCAUUCUCGCCUUUUAUAUGUCACAUUCUUUCUUUUCUAAAUGUGGCGCCUUGCCAACUCCAACCCAACGCCUGGGGUUUUAUCCGCUGCUUUGAAAUUCUUUGUGAACAUUUGAGUUUCACUCCGACCUACCCCUUGUUUUUCCUUUUUUAUAAGUCCGUCACCACUAAACCGACUUCGGUGAAAUGGGUUCCCCUUUUGGCCCGUAAGAACAUGAGCCGGUUCACCGCCCUUAAAAGCCAUUACAAAGUAUGGCAGGAAAAAUAUUUCUAAGUUAUGGAAUCGCCCGAGAUAAAGAACUUGUUCCGAGAUUCUGACAAUAAUCCCCUCUUCCCUUUUUACUGGACAAAAAACCCUCGCCGGAAAAUAUCCGUUUCAUAUGACGCCUUGGAUGAAUCUGAGCAAGGCAUCGCCGAUUACCUUCGCACACUACCAGUAAUCUCUGGUCAUGACUUGAUUGAGGCGUCGAAAUCCGGCACUUUAAAUCAAUUUUUUACUACGAUGGGAAAAGGCAAGGUUGACACUAACCCCUUGAAGCUGAAGGAUUACCUCGCCCAGUCUGCUGCGGCGGCCAAGAAAAGGGCCGCCGAUAAUGAACAGAAGAAAAAGAAUGAAGAUGCCUCGGGCUCUGAUACCGUCAGGGACCCCAAACGCCAAAGAACCUCAGGCGCUGCUGGUGGUAAACCUUCUCAUCAAUCAGCUGGCGAGGCUUCCAAAAGGCAGCCUGCAGAGAAAAAGAAGGGACACGACGCUGUCCCGCCACCUCACCAGGAUUCAAGCUUGCUGAUUAACCGCCCGCCAACUCCAUUUAGCCAAGCUGGCACUAGCUCAGCCAUUGGUGGCGAGGCUCCUCCCCCCUUGCUGAGUUUAAAUGAUCCUCACUUCAACGGGUUGGACUUCAUGACCCGUACUUUUGACAAUCGGGUCCACAAAGACAUUUCCGGUCAAGGUCCCCCCAACAUUGCUUCCUUGGCCAUAUUUCAUGCACUUUCCGCUGCCAUCACGGUGAUGAAUGGCCCAGUGCGUGAAAGAAGUGAUUUCAGCCAAGAAUCGUCUCGAGAAGAAGGCAGCCGAUUAUAAAACCGCCUAUGAGCGAGCUAAGGCUGAUGCUGAGACCGCCAAUAAGAAGCUGACAUCUGCUGAGGAAAAGUGCACUAAGUUAACUGCUGAUCUGGCGGCUUCUGACCUGCUUCUUCAGAAGACCAAGUCUCUAAAAGAAGCCAUCAAUGAUAAGCACACUGCUGUUCAAGCCAAGUGCCAAAAACUGGAAAAGAAGUACGAACGCCUGAAUGCUUCCAUCUUAGGGCGUGCUUCUCUUCAGUUUGCUCAAGGCUUUUUGGCGGCCAAAGAGCAGAUUAGUGUGGUUGAGCCGGGCUUUGAUCUUUCCCGCAUUGGGUGGCUGAAGGAGAUCAAGGAUGGUCAAGUGGUUGGUGAUGACGACAUUAGCCUCGACCUCCUUCCUCAAUUCAAUGAUGAAAGUGAGUCUGAAGAAGAAGAAAGUGAUGGCGGGGAUAGGAAUGAGCGGAACAAGGAUGAGGAUCAAGAGAAGGAAGACCGUCAAAUUGGAGCAAGCCAGGGAAACGACGCCAACAAUGAUAAUGUAGCUUGAAUUUGUAAUUUGUUUUUAUUUUGUUUAAGUCAAUUUUUUCUUUGGGCCUUGCCCUUUUGUUUAUCAUCAUUCUCAAUC